AUGAACGUGGUUCUGGCUGUGAAGCAGUACAUUUCCAAAAUGAUAGAGGACAGCGGGCCGGGGAUGAAAGUGCUUCUCAUGGAUAAAGAGACGACUGGUAUAGUGAGUAUGGUAUACACACAAUCAGAGAUUCUUCAGAAGGAAGUGUACCUUUUUGAACGCAUUGAUUCUCCGAAUCGGGAGACCAUGAAACACCUGAAAGCAAUUUGUUUUCUUCGGCCUACAAAGGAGAAUGUGGAUUAUCUGAUUCAGGAGCUCCGAAGACCCAAAUACAGUAUAUAUUUUAUUUAUUUCAGUAAUGUGAUCAGCAAGAGCGAUGUGAAGUCAUUAGCUGAAGCUGAUGAACAGGAAGUUGUGGCUGAGGUUCAGGAAUUUUAUGGUGAUUACAUUGCUGUGAAUCCACAUUUGUUUUCCCUCAACAUUUUGGGUUGCUGCCAGGGUCGAAAUUGGGAUCCAGCCCAGCUGUCCAGAACAACUCAAGGACUGACGGCUCUCCUUCUGUCCCUGAAGAAAUGCCCUAUGAUUCGUUACCAGCUUUCAUCGGAGGCAGCAAAGAGACUGGCCGAAUGUGUUAAGCAAGUCAUAACUAAAGAAUAUGAACUAUUUGAGUUCCGGCGGACUGAGGUUCCUCCAUUGCUACUUAUUUUAGAUCGCUGCGAUGACGCCAUCACCCCAUUGCUAAACCAGUGGACAUAUCAAGCCAUGGUCCAUGAACUACUGGGCAUAAACAACAAUCGGAUUGAUCUUUCCAGAGUCCCAGGGAUCAGUAAAGACUUAAGAGAAGUGGUCCUAUCUGCUGAAAACGAUGAAUUCUAUGCUAACAAUAUGUACUUGAACUUUGCCGAGAUUGGUAGCAAUAUAAAGAAUCUCAUGGAAGACUUUCAGAAGAAGAAACCAAAAGAACAGCAAAAACUAGAAUCAAUAGCAGACAUGAAGGCCUUCGUUGAGAAUUAUCCACAGUUCAAGAAGAUGUCUGGGACUGUAUCAAAGCACGUGACAGUUGUUGGAGAGCUGUCUCGGUUGGUCGGUGAGCGGAAUCUGCUGGAGGUUUCGGAGGUUGAACAAGAACUGGCCUGUCAAAAUGACCAUUCUAGUGCUCUCCAGAAUGUAAAGAGGCUCCUGCAGAACCCCAAAGUGACAGAAUGUGAUGCUGCCCGCCUGGUGAUGCUCUAUGCACUCCAUUAUGAGCGACACAGCAGCAACAGCCUGCCAGGGCUAAUGAUGGACCUCAGGAAUAAGGGUGUUUCUGAGAAAUAUCGAAAGCUUGUCUCUGCAGUUGUUGAAUAUGGUGGUAAACGGGUCAGAGGAAGUGACCUCUUCAGCCCUAAAGAUGCUGUGGCUAUUACCAAACAGUUCCUCAAAGGAUUGAAGGGAAUAGAAAAUGUGUAUACUCAGCAUCAACCUUUCCUACAUGAGACCCUGGACCAUCUCAUCAAAGGAAAACUUAAAGAAAGUCUGUACCCUUAUCUAGGCCCCAGCACACUCAGAGACAGACCUCAGGAUAUCAUUGUGUUUGUGAUUGGAGGAGCCACCUAUGAAGAAGCUCUUACAGUUUAUAACCUGAACCGUUCCACUCCUGGAGUGAGGAUUGUCCUAGGAGGAACCACAGUGCACAACACGAAAAGUUUCCUAGAGGAAGUUCUGUCUUCCGGACUGCACAGCCGAAGCAAGGAGAGCUCUCACGUUACCUCCAGGUCAGCAAGCAGAAGGUGA